GCGGCGGCUCCUGACAAAGUUGAGCGGCAGCGAGAAGUAGACGCGGAUCGUGCCUCUCCGUUCUACGAGUGGUUCGGGAGCAGAGGCUGGGAAGGCUUGGAAAGGGACCGCGAGGUGCUCUUCUGCUUGGAGAGGCGCCCAUCCCAGGAGAUUAAGAAACAAUGGCCGAGAAACCGAAAUUAUAUUAUUUUAAUGGACGAGGCCGAAUGGAACAGAUACGGUGGUUGUUAGCAGCUGCUGGCGUAGAGUUUGAAGAGGAAUUUUUUGAGACCCGAGAACAAUAUGAGAAGCUGCUUCAAGAUGGCUUCUUCCUGUUUCAGCAAACACCCAUGGUGGAAAUGGAUGGGAUGAAGCUGGUGCAGACACGGGCCAUUCUCCGUUACAUUGCCACGAAGUACAACUUGUAUGGGACCAACUUGAAGGACAGAGCACUGAUUGACAUGUAUGUGGAAGGAACAACGGACCUGAGUCUCUUUAUUUUGUCCUUCCCUUUCUUGACGCCAGAGGAUCAAGAGCGCCAACUUGUUACUAUUAAAGAAAAAGCAACAAAAAGAUAUUUUCCCGUUUAUGAAAAGGUGCUGAAGGAUCAUGGACAAGAUUUCCUUGUUGGCAAUCGGUUUAGCUUGGCCGACAUUCAUCUCUUUGAAACUAUUUUAAUGGUGGAGGAAAAAGUCCCUGCUAUUCUAAAUGAAUUUCCUCAAUUGCAGGCUUUUAAAACAAGGAUCAGUCACAUUCCCACAAUUAAGAAGUUUCUGGAACCGGGAAGCCAGAGGAAACCUAUCCCUGAUGGUAAAUAUGUGGAGACCGUGAGAAAUGUCCUCCAGAUGUAUCACCAGCUGAAGCCAAGUCCUUGACAUUCCAUCGAAUUGUUCUGACAAUUUCA